AUGCAAGAGUUACCAGUAUGUUCUGGAGAUGUGGAUGAAAACUCUCUGCAUCCACAUCCAAUUGUUGAAAAGAAGGAUCCUCUCCAUUGUCUUCCAGCAGUAGUAGCUCUGCAUCCACAUCCAAUUGUUGAAAAGAAGGAUGUAGGACGACAUCAAUCUUCAAUUAUGUUAAAGGAUAGUGCAAAACCUAAUCCACAUAAAGGAAGAUUGACUUGGCAGAGGGAACGAAUUGGCUUCAAACUAUUAUCCGUGUUGAAGGUAUAUAAUUUUAUAGCCUCUCCGGUAACCGCUGCUUCCCAAAAGAUAUUCAGACAGUUAUACUAUAAUAUUAAAAGUCUGUCCACACCAAUUGUCUUGUCCAAGUACCUAGCGCCCUUGCCAGCCUUUCUUCCUUGUCCUGUUCUGCCUAUAUUUUCUAUCAAGCUACUCAAUAUUCAUGAAACACCAGUGGCAGAUAUGGAACCUAAAAUCGAUGCUGCACUUGUUUUCGUUGUGGGUAUUGUAGAUAUUGCAAGAAAUCCCUUCUUUGCCCAAGCUAUAUCCUGUUUCAAUUGA